AUGUCGCCUUACAGACUUGUAUUUGGAAAGAUGUGCCAUCUCCCGGUCGAGGUGGAACAUAAAGCAUAUUGGGCAAUUAAAGAAAUGAAUGUGAAGCCCCAGGCCUGCGAAAAAGAGAGGAAAUUGCAACUUCAAGAGCUGGAAGAGCUAAGACUGGAGUCAUACGAUGCUGCGAUGUGGUAUAAGGAAAAAACAAAAUUAUGGCAUGAUCGGAACCUCCAGGUCAAGGAAUUGAAAGUUGGUCAGAAAGUACUCCUUUUUCAAUAUCGCCUCAAGCUAAUGCCAGGAAAGCUCAAAUCUAUGUGGAUCGGACCAUAUACGAUCGUGGGUUUGCGAGCUAACGGUGCAGUAGAAAUUCAGGGAGAAAAUUCUAACUCAGUCCAUUUUCUGGUGACGGUCAUAGGGUAA